CACACAAAAAUCACCACAGAACUGCUGAAUAAAUCAUCAAAAAUGGGGAACCAACCGUCAGAACAUAACAUGGGCGACAGCCUGAGAUGCCACAUAUGUUAUAAGGUCCUGCCUCCAUGUCACUCAUUCGAUAAUAUAUGCCAACAAACUAUUCAUGGGCGGACUGUACAUGUAUUCAAUGGAGGUGAAUACUACCGACCAGUUGGUAACAAUAAUUUGUACGAGUGUGAAUAUUGCUUUAAUAAGCCAAUCAGGGAUCAAGAGGAGAGGAGGAGAGAAGAGGAAAGGAGAAGGGAAGAGGAAAGGAGGAGAGAAGAGGAAAGGAGGAGAGAAGAGGAAAGGAGGAGAGAAGAGGAAAGGAGGAGAGAAGAGGAAAGAAGAAGAGAAGAGGAAAGAAGAAGAGAAGAGGAAAGGAGGAGAGAAGAGGAAAAGAGAAGAGAAGAGCAAAGGGCAAAAGAAGCUGAAGAGAAGAGGAGAGAAGAAGAACUGAAUCAAAGACUACAAGAAUCACACCAACAAGCUAAAGAGCAGCAUGAGAAACAACUGAACAGCCACAUUUCAGAAGAAUUUGAAUCGAAGCGAGAUGUUCUAAUCAGCCAUCUGAAUGAGUUUGAGCCUAACUAUGAAUCAGGCAGUGAUGAGCUUCUAGAAAUCCUCUCUUUGAAAUGCAGUGUCCCAGUUUCAGAUCUCAGUCUCACUCAGCUGACAGCUGAUCAGCUGGGGAAGAUCCUGUCCGUCCUGGACCAGCUUCUGUUUGAUGAAUGGAUCCAUGCUCACCCGUCCCUCAGCACUCUGCAGCACACUCAGGUCUUCGUCACAGAGCUGUGUGCCCAGUUUCUGGAGAUAUCUGAGGGAGUAUCUCUAAAGAGCAUCUCCAAUCAUGUCCACUCUAUGGUGGAGUCCAUCAGCCAGUCAGCAAGUAAUGUCUAGCAGUCCUCAUAGCCAAACACUGGGCUGAAGAUGAGCUUUCCACUGAGAACCUCUUUCUUAUACAGUUCCUGAGCACCCUCACAUCAUCACUGCAGAGUGUCGUUGAAAAAGCCUCUGUGCUCAUUUUGAAGAUGGAGAUCCAGUGCUUGAAGCUCCUCUUAUCCACACUCACUCAUCUGAAUGGAAAGGAAGCCCACUCAGAGUCCACUCAGAUGCUCCUCAGACUUGUGCAAACACACCAAUGGACCCCAAUGGAGGCUGAAAGAUUCCAUCAGCAUUUCCAAAAGACUCUCAGAAAGAAAGAUGAGAGUAAUCUAGUUGCAGCUCUGGAAGAAAUAAAAAUGUCAUGGGAUUUGGAUGAUUCAGUGAUUGAUAUGAUAAAAAACAUCACCACUGGUGUCCUGCAAUAUUCAGAAAAUGCACCAAAAGAUGCCCCAUUAAUGAAAGAUUCCUUUCAAUGUGUAACAUUGAAUGCAGACCACAUACAGAAGUCUCUGUCUCAGCUCUGUAAAGCAGUGUUUGACACAAAAGGCUGGUGGCCCACAGUGAGGCAGAUGCUGCGGUGGUGUGCGUUGGUGCUGACUCAGAAGAGUGGAGCUCUACAGCUGGUUGGUGUGGAAGAAGACCCGUGUGUCACAGCCAUGUUUGCAGCCACACGAGUCUGCAUGGGAAACAAAGUGGACAUCGUGCUGAGCUCUGACGUUCACUCAGAGGAGCGAACUGAGGACUGGUCUGACUUCUACAAGUAUCUUGGAAUUUCUCUCAACACAAACAUGAAGAAAAGGAAUGAAUCACACAGGGAUGUCUAUGAAGCGGACAUUGUGUACGGUACCAUCAAUGACUUUGUCUCUGAUUACUUCCAAUACGGCGCAGAGGUGAUGGAGGCAGGGAACCCGCUGCUUAGUCGUGGAUUUAUCAUUGAAGAACAAAGUCUCAGUUCUUCCUAUAAUCUGGAACCUUCAAAGCUCAAGGACAAUGAUUCCCUGGUGUUUGCUGCAGAGGUCCUGCAAAACCUCAUGGGUAAAUUUCACAGUGAAGAUAAGGAACUGAGACAGAAGUUUAUUAAAGCUCUUUUUCAGGUGCUGCACACCAACCUCAACAAAGACACAAACACUGACAAUAAAAUCAUCACCAUCUUAAAGAAAAUAUCUGGACAGGGACUGCCUUCUAAUGAGGUCUUCAUUCUGACCUUCCUGGAGAAUCUCCUUAAAGUGGUCACUGAAGAAACAGAAAAACAGGACAUCUCCUGCAGGCAGAUGGUGUUUGGAGAUAUUAUUUGACUGUGUGGAGAAUUUCCAAGCAUCAACAACUACAAAAGAACUCUUCCAGAUAGUUUUGAAUCUUGAAGCACAAAGACUUUGCUCACCAGUAGAGACCUUAAUCCUCCUCGGCACAUUAACUGACCACCAUCACGAUAAAGACUGUAUCUCCAUCAUGAAGAUUUUACAUUUAAUGGAAACAUAUCAGGUUUCUACCAAGUGGACAGAUAAGAACAACAAAUCUCUCCUUAAGCUCUUGGAUUCAUCUAGAACUGAAACUCUGAUCAAGCAUUUAGAAGAGAGCCUUAGAGAUGAGAAAGCAAAAAGCAUUGAGACUCUUGUUGAUGAAAUACGGCAGAUGAAAGACAUUGAUGAACAAACACUGAGUAAAUCAUACAGUGUAGUAACUCAUGUAACAAACCUGAUCAAAACCGGUGAAAUCAGAAAGCACACAGAUGUACAGCGAGCUAGGAGUCUGAGUCACAGCACCGACACAGAAGACCUUCAGGAAGUCCUGGCAGUCUUAUGCAAUGCUGUACACCUGCACAGGGCUGAAGGGAAGUGGUGGCCCAGAGCCACUCAGAUGAUAAGCUGGUGCCUCUUGGCCUUGUCUGACACUGGGAAGCUCCUGGAAAUGGGCACUGGCGGAGA